AUGCACAGUUUCUGUUGGAAUACUCCUACUGUUAUGAUCAUCAUGUCAAAUCUUGUUGUUGCAGAGUUGUUUUGUUUGUUCUUUCAAAAUGGUAACUUGCUGUUCUAUGUUAGACAUCACGUUUACUCUCAUAAGAAGUAUUCCAAAAAUGGAAUUACCAUUAAGUAUAGAGAUCUCCUGAAGCACAUCAGACCAGAAAAGGGAUAUUCUUCAACGAGUGUUCGAGGCACCAUUUAUUGUUCAAAUCAGAAGGAAAGAAAUGUUGGCUUGCCUUCUGAUCAUAUCGCAGUUGGUGCAAAAGUGAUAUAUGCUGCUGCUCCUGCAAUGGGUCAUAAUCAGGUUCCUACAGUGCAAGGAUCCUUAAUCAAAGAAUCACAUCCAGAAUGCAACUCUAGAGUUCCUGCAAUUUUGACAGCUUUGGAAAAGAUGAAACUGACUUCAAAGUUUCGAGGCUCAGAUGUUGUUGAAGUGCAGAAUUUCAGACCAGCUACAACAGAUGACAUAGGAAGUGUUCAUGCUGGGCCCUAUAUUUCAGGGCUUGAGAAGGCUAUGGAUCAAGCUUCAGAGAAACGUCUAAUUUUCAUUGAUGGAUCUGGACCCACAUAUGCUACUGCCACAGUAAGAAUAUAUCUCUUACGGUAACUCUUCCUCUUUCUGAUGCUAGUCUCUAUUACUGUUUGGGAGAAU